GAUGCCUCAACCUUAAAGCAAAACCUCUCCCUUAAACAAAACAACUAAGAGGACCACCACUUUCUUCAACCAGAAGCCUCCUCCAUUAUCAAAAAUCACAUUAAGAUGCAUUAUAAAGCCCGCACAAUAACCACCACGUUCCCUGAGAAAAUGUCUGCAUCCACUCCAGUUGCAAUAGGCACCAGGGGCACUGUAGGCUCGCUUUUGAGGAAAGAAAUUGAGUACUUCACCAAGAUUGAGCUAGAUAGAUGUGCAAGCUCCAGGAGAACUCGGGGACAGAUGGUUGAUAUGGCUUCCAGAAGUGAGCAUUCCAUUUCCAGGCCCAGUUUCUGGUCCUUGUCAUUGAACUGGAAAAGGAAGAAGCGAAGAGGAAACAGCUCUGUAUUCCUUCCGAGCAUCUGCUCUGCUGUGGAAGUUGCAGACACCAAUCGGCUUAAUGGGAUUCCUGGGUUUAGUUAUAAGAUCCUCACAAAUGAUGAGAAAGGCAUGACUGUUUAGUCAGACAUGCUUUGUGAAUUCUGGUCUCUCUAAGCUGGUGCUGUAUAUAUGUUUUGUGAUCAAGGGGCAACACCUCUGCUGAUACUUUCACUUCAGACCCAUAACUUUUCUAAUGGGAUUAAUUGUAAAGAGAUUUUAUCACAGAAAGAGCUAAAAAGCACCUGGAUUUGGAGGAGAGAUUUCUUGGAAUGAAUUCUGCAGGUUUAUUUCUACUAGAAUUUGGUGUCUCCAUUGUGUUUUGAUUUCUGAAUUACAUAUCCCACAUAGAGAGGGCAACGACUGCCAUUUCUACUGUGUUGAAAACCAUCUUUCCAAGCUUUGGCUUUGAGUUCCAAUCAUAAAUUUUUCAAGAUCUUUCUAAGAC